GGAGCAGUGAGGAGCAAAAUUAUCAUUUGAGGUCUCCUGAAGGUUCCUUUCCAUUCAACAAUCCACCAGAACUGUGACAUAAUUCAAGAUGGCGACAACAAGCUGGGUUGCAGAACUUGAUAGGAAAGAGCACAAAAACUGGGUAAUGGUUGGAUGUGCCUUAAACAUAACUAAAAAUGGAAUUACGUCUCUAAUCCAAAGGCAAAUGGUGGCUUGGUACCAGUCCCUUAUUUCCACCCAUCCUCUGCAAUCCCUUCCCCCAUGUACCUGUGCACGUCACUCGUCCAAGUGUGCCACUUGUACCACCUGGAAGAUGGAGUUAGGGCGUCUCCACAAGUCUCCGCGACCAAAGAUUUGCUGGGACAACAGUGACAGACAUCAAUGGGGAUCUCCAGCUGGGGCCUGGGAAAUAGCAAAAGUCUUCAUGCCAACAUUAGGGACACGGAAAGGAGAUGUCACUGAUGCCAAUACGACAGACAUUGGCGGGCUUCUCAACAUGUUAGAAUGGUGUCCUUUCAUUCAUCCCCCCGUCAAUCGAGUAGUUCUGAGCACAGUUCGGGACGAGGGAAGAAAUCAUUGGGCUCAUUCUCCAAAACAAGAACUCCAGGAUGCAGAUGUCAAAACUGUAUUUGGAUACUUAAACAGUCUUUUAAAUGACCCGGUAUUCAACUCUGACAUAGCGGCGCAGGAAUCUUCAAAAGAAUUGCAAGAUUUGUUUCAUCAUGGGCUCGUAAGUGUAAGGGAAUCCGAAGUUGAGGCUCUUCAUCUGCUUCGUCAAUCACUGGUUGAAGACCUAAGUAAGUGCAAGCAUGACUUAACUGAAGUACAAAAACAAGGCAACGAAAAUAAAGAGGACACUGUCGAGCUAAAAGAGCAGAUUGCGGAACAUGAUAAGCAAUUUCAUGACGCGUCAAGAGAAGUUGAAGACCUUAAACAGAAAAUUUCAAUGCUAUCGAAAAGUGUUGAAAACUACAAUAGGUUGCUUAAUGAGCGACCUGAUUUGCAGAGUGCCCUAGAAGUUAUCAGCAAGGAUAUGGUCGAUGUGAAAGGCUGUCUGGAUAACGUUGUUAUGGAACUCAACACAACAAAAUGUAAAAUGGCUAACUUAGAGAUCAGCCUUGAAAGCAUGAAAUCUGAAGUGAAAGAAGUGACAAGUGAAGUAGAAACCUUGAAAGCGAAACCUUCAAAUGGACAGAGUGAAGAAGAUAUUGCCACAUUAUGUACCGCACCGUAUAAGUUACAGGAAUUCACUGGGCGAGAGUCAGCUCUGGUAUGGUUAGAACAGAAUUUAGUGUCCGAUAAGGAUCCCACCAAUUCUUCAGGUACAUCUUGCUGCACAAAAACCAUUUGUGGCCUUGGAGGAUGCGGCAAGACCUCACUGGCUGUAGAAUUUGCCUGGAGAAGUAAGAACCACUUCACAGGUGGAGUGUUUUGGAUUAAUGGAGAAAGUGAUGAAAAUGUACGUAAAUCGGUUGUCGAGAACCUUGCUCUACUCAAUAUACCUGCGUCGACAAGUGAGAAUAUCGAGGACUCACUGAAUAGAUUUCUGGCUUUCUUAUCAAAUAAACAUUGUCCAUGGCUCCUUAUAGUAGACAAUGCAGAUGAGUUGACGAGCCCAAAGUGUCCCAGUGGUGUCAAGAAAAUAUGCAAAGGGCCCUGGCAGAGAAAUGCAAAAGCACCAAAGAAUGGACACAUACUGUUCACCACCAGGCAAAAUGCCACAGCUAUCAAAACGUCGUUGAAGUUGUUACCUAAAGAUUGUUGGGAGCUGCAGUCUUUCACUGAAGAGGAAGGCGCCCUGUUUCUAAUUCAAAGAACGAGCCUUGAAGGGGAAUCCCUUUACAAGGAAGCAAUUAAUCUGACAAAAGAACUGGGAGGUCUUCCAUUGGCCCUCGAGCAAGCAGUAGCUUACAUAUCUGCUCUUCCAAUUCCUUGCACCUUCAAAGCCUACCUUGAAAAGUACCAACGUGUAAAGCUCCGUCUCUUAGAGCAGCAGCCAGUAACAGCCCUCAGUGUAGAGGCUCAGCAUCGUUUAUCUGUACACACCACCUGGGAAAUGAAUUUUGAGUUUGUAGCUGAAAAAUCGCCUGCUGCUGCCACUAUGAUGCGUAUCGCAUCCUUCGUAGAGUCUGAGAAUAUUCCUCUCGAAAUCAUAAAUCCUGGGCUUCCUGCACUAGAUCAAGAGGAGUUAAGAGAAGCUGCGUAUUCUGAGAUUGACAUUGCAGCAAUUCUUAAAGUACUGACGUGUUAUUCCCUUUUUUCAGUGAAACCGAGAAGCAGAGUCUUUAGCGUUCACAAACUCGUUCAAGAAGUGGUUCGUGCUAGUUUACCUGCCCCUUUAAGGACAGAGGCGUUAGUUGCAACUUCACGCGUUCUUCAUUUCGCACUUUUCGAGAAAAGUGAUGAUUGCUGUUUAAAGUUUAAAAACAAUUUUGUUGUAAAUUGGUCAGAAGUGAAGGAAGAAGACCGAAACGUUCUCAUCGCCUUGCUGUUAAAUUGUCGGAAGUUAAAAGAUCAUUUACAAUCAGAGAUCAAUUCAUCGAGGGAAAAUUUCGUUACUUCUAUUUACAGCCAUAAAACUUUCAAGGACCUCUUCGAGUUUGCUUACAGCUUGAUUGGAAUGAACGUGUCCUUCCAUAAACUAAAGGCUGAAUUUUCCGAAUUUCAGUUACAAACUUUUGGAAUAUUCUUUCCUGACGAUCCACAGAUAAUUCUUAACUCGAUGGUGACAACUAGUGUUCUUAAAAGAAACUGUUCUAACCCCGAGAGUUACAAAGAAGCAGAGAAACUCGCCAAAGAAACAGUGCAAAAGCUUGGUGAGCUGGAGAAGUCUGGAGCCGCUAUAGAUGAUGAUACGAAAUUCAGAGUCCUCGAGCAUCGAGCCUCCUAUUACGCGAUGGAAGGACAGUGGCAGAAAAACUACAAAGCACUGCUUCAACUUGAAAGUCUGAAACUGAGUGAUGCUAAAUCUGUUGAACUUCAAAUGCUGAUCGGAAGAGCUGAAAACUACGCAUCGGCUGGGAAUUUUAAAGCAGCUUUGAAACGUCAUGAGUAUGCCUUGAAGCUUGCCAGGGAAUUGCAACCUUUAGAUCUGGAAUUGUUGCUACGUGUUCUUCAGCAUACAGCAAGUCUACUCAAAAAUGAAGGAAUGGCCGAAAAAGCAAAGCCUUACGCCGAAGAAAUGUUAACAGUGUGCAAGGAGAUGCCGCACGACUCUGACUAUUACAUCAAGGGAAUGACCAGCGCUUUAGGUAUACUCAGCAAGUUUGAUGGUCAGCGGUCGGAAGAAAAGCUGCUAAAACUGUUGAAAGAAAGAUGGCCUCAUAUACACAAAAGCGUCAUGAACGGCUCUGUAGAAACUAAUGCAGUCAUUGAGGAUGGAAGCGAUGAACACGCAGCCCAAGUUCUUGAGAGUCUAAUAAACAGCUGGGUCGCAGCAAGGAUGGCAGGGAUCGGAGACUUUGCUGUGAAACCCAAGUUGCCCAAGUAUUUGACGAUAACACAGACUUUGUUAUCGAUUCGCCAAAAGUUUUACGGUGAGACGCAUCCAGCCUUAACAACAAUUUAUAUGGCCUUAACAACCUUCCAUAAGCUUUUAGGAAAUUACGCGGAGGUACAACGUUUCAGUCAGUUGUUAACAAAGUGCAACGACGGAGGGAAACUUCCAUUCAACCAAGGCCUGCCACCGUGCGACUACAAUAUGUAUUCUGCCCGAGAAUUAAAAGACCGCGGUAAUAGUUUGUUUAAGAUGCAAGACUAUCACGGCGCAGCAGAAGCAUAUACUAAAGCUUUACUCCUUUUUCCAAACGAUGCCAAAUUGUUGAGCAACAGAGCUGCUACUUACCUUAACUUAUCAGAACGACAAUGCUCAUCGGAACACAAACAAAGGUUCCUUGAAAAAGCCCUUGUAGACUCACAGGAGGCGAUAGCUGCUGACCCCUCUUGGUCAAAAGGUUAUUACCGAAAAGCUGUCUCCCUUGCCCUUCUUGGAAGACGAGGAACCUCGCUUGCUACAGCUGCGAUUGCCCGGCAUCUGUUCCCGUCGAUUUGCGAAAACAUUCCAAUAGUUGUGGCACACUUUGGAGACUAUUAUUCUCUUGUCGUUAACACAGUACAGGACCUUCAAACUGCAACUGAGAAAACAGACACUGAAACAAAGAAGCUUGAGAGGAAGAACAAAGUCAUUUUGAUGAAAGAAGGCGAGUAUCUGUUGGAAAGAAGAGUUGAAAUUUCAGAAGAGAUUGUGAUCGUUGGUCACGGGAAGGUAUCAGUUGCGUGCAAGACUGGAGCACCUUUUCACUUCAAAGCAGCAUAUCAUGUUGAGAAUGUGGAAAUAGCUACGGACUUUGACAGCCAUGAGGAAUCACAAGAGUGCAGUUCAAGUGACACUGAACCAGAAGUGAUACGCCUAGCAACGCCCUCCGGGUACGACAACACAAGCAAUGAAUGUAAGGUGAACUAGCGGACGAUGAAGAUUUGUCGCUUGGACUGAAAUCCUUUUUAAUGAGGUUUCCCAGUAAAUGAUCUUAUAAAUGAAACACAGAGCAUGCUGAAUUAUCGUUUAUAGAGACAGAAAAAAAAGCAAUGAACAUGCAUUAUUGAGUUGCAUCAUUUAAAUGCUUUAACUAUAGGAAUGAGGACCUAGGCGCAAGUUGAUUGAGUUGCCAUGCCCUCACAGAAGUAACUUAAAACUGAAUAAUUAAGUUUUUAGAUGAAAAGCGAGCAUCAUAAAAUUUCAUAUUACUCGUGAAAAUUAUUUCUAGAUAAAAGGAUUAAGGAAUCUGUAUGAGAGGGAAAAUUGUCGAAGUAUGUGAGUGUUCAGUUAGACUUUGUUCUCUCUUUAACUAAAGUGGGUUAGCUGAUGGCAAGUCAAAAAGACAAACAUCACCCCAUCUUGUCUUACCUUAGAUAACAAGAAUUCGACUCUAGUGGCUAAUUAAUAAAUUCUUGAUUCACAAUUAUAGUGUUUUCAUAUGACGUCACGGCUGCCAUUUUGGUUUUCCUAAACAGUGAAAAGUUGGUCAUAU